AGGUAGACCGCUACUGACCCCAGUAAAAGAAAAUCCCUUGCGGAGUUUGAACUGGCAAAGAAGCGAGUGAUGAAGUUCGCAGUGAAGGCAUGGAGCAAUGGAGGAGCUCGGGUAGGGGUGCUCCAGCUGGGCAGCUGCUCGAACCAAAUAGAGACUCCUUCUCUUCUCCUCUCGACUCGUAAAGGCCUGCCUAUUUUUAUCCCUCCAGAUCUUCUCUCCUCCCUUCCUUCUCCAGACUCAAGUCUUUUCCAAGUCAGCCCCCUGCACUUUUUGGAAGGCGUUUCGACAAAAACAAUAGCGAAGAUCGGAGGACUCCAUAAGUUGCUAGGUUUACAUGAUCAUGAAUUUGCAGCUGUUGCAAGGGAUUCUAUUCUGUGCCUACCCGAAUGUAGUGGGACUAACAAACUCGGUUCGUCCUUUGAGACCCCUUGUGGUCGUCGUUUGAUAAAGCCAAUAGAAUACAUGCAGAUGAUUUCAUCCAUGAAGCCAAACUUGUGGGUCACUUUGGCUGAUGAAGUCCCUGCAUGGGUGUCUGACAAGAGGAACAGGACAUCAGUUGAUAGAACUUUAAAAUGGCUCGAUGAGUGCAUUGCAUUAAGCCCUGCGGAUGGAGAUGUUUUUGGAGCAAUUGUUGGUGGAUGUUCUGUAGAACAAAGGCAGCGAUGUGCACAAGAGGUAGCUAAGAGAAAUGUAUCAGGUUAUUGGAUUGGAGGAUUUGGGCUUGGAGAGAGCAUGGAUGAGCACCCUGCUCUCCUUAAUGCUGUAGCUGAUUCCUUGCCAGAGGAAAGGCCACGCCAGAUAUCUGGGCUUGGACUUCCUGAGGAGGUAUUGCAGGGUGUUGCCGCAGGCAUAGACCUUUUUGAUUCAGAUUAUAUUUAUCAUCUCACAAUCGGAGGCUUUGCACUAACCUUCUCGCUAGUUAAAAUGGAGCUGACAGCAUCCAAUCCCCAGUUUAGCGACGUAGUAAGUGACCAGACGAAGAUUAAUCUAAGGGCAACAAUAUACAAGAAAGAUACAACACCAAUCAUUGAAAAUUGUACCUGCUACACAUGCCAGAAUCAUACCAAGGCAUACAUUAAUCAUUUGCUUAACGUUCAUGAAAUGCUGGCACAGAUUCUGCUUGAAAUACACAAUACUCAUCAUUACCUUAUGUUUUUCCGAUCAAUAAGAGAUGCAAUUAAAGCAGGAAACUUUGAAGAAUUCCGACAGAAGUUUGUACAGAGUAGGCGGGACCAUCUUGCUGUGGCGGCUGUAUGUGCAUGAAUUAUGGAUAGAAACUAAUAUUUUUACAAACACACGAGUCUUCUGUAACAUUAUCUUUUCUUAUGGAAUUAAACCGAGGUAGAUUUUGUUAGCUGAAUUAAAUUAUUCGAUGAUAUAGGAAAGUUUUGUGGUGUACUCUGAGUGAGAUAUUCUUGACGGAGUAAUAAAAGUUAAAUGAUUAUAUUGUUUUUA